AUGACGGCAAAGUUCGGCUAUGUUACCACAGCUUGCCGUCUCUGCGAAGAUAUUGUGCCUCCUGAUGGUGAUGAUCUGUGGUGCGGUGCCAUCGAUGGUCCGUUCUGUCCGUCUGUACAGCAAGUGCUCGCAUAUGUAUGUCAACGUCUUCCCAAACGGAACGGUAAUGGCCCGCUCCGAUGGAAACGACCAACCGAAUCUCACGAUCAGCACACGCGGCUUAAGUCUGGACCUGCUCAUCCAUUCGCCAGUGCAAGACAUGUACCUCUGCUUCAAUCGCUCACGACUCGUAGGCAGAAGAUUGACACGAUUUCAAGCAGAGAGACAACCGAAUUGCCUUUUCAAAGAAGAGUUUGUGGACGGCUACAACAGAUACCACCUCGUGAAGAACGAAGAUCGGUACAUAGGUUUCAACAGGCGAGGGGCGCAGAUGCGACGCGGGAAGAGCAACCUUCCCGAGCGGCAGCACAAGUGCUUCUCUCUCCUGAAGGAAGCCCACGACUUCGACAUAAACAGACACAAUACUGUGAUCGCAGGCACCGUGCCCAAGUGGCGUCCGCAGCGUAG